AUGCACGCAAUCGAUGUUCUUCAGUCUCUAGAAGCCUGCGGGCUCUCCUUUCUCGUCGGAAUCAUCCUCCAUGUCUCCGUCUUCCGGUCCGGUGAAUGGGAUCUCUCGGCACAACGCAUCAUCACGAACUUCACACUCGCCUAUGCAGCAACCGUCGGGGUCACCAUGGCGUUGCCGUCCUUGAUCCCCAUGGUUUCUAGAACCUCAUUGGAAGCGACCAGCUUGGCCCAAGUCUCCAAAGUUAGUGCUAUACUCUUGUCUUCACUUACGGCAGGCAUCUACACGAGCAUGUUAGUAUACCGAGGCCUAUUCCACCGCCUGCGUGAAUUUCCCGGCCCCUUUCUUGCCAAGUUCACAAAUCUCUACGUCACGUUCAAGAUCUGGAACCGGAUGCACCUCCAUGAGGACGUGCGAAAGCUACACCAGAAGUACGGCGAUGUGGUGAGGAUUGGCCCGACCGAACUCUCGAUCAACAAGCCCGGCGCCAUCGACGCCGUCUUCCUGGACACGGAUUGUAUGAAAGGACCAUGGUAUAAUCUGCUUCAUCCCAUGGUCUCAAUGCAAAUGGUUCGCGAUAAAGAGGCGCAUUCUAGACGACGAAAAGCGUGGGAACAUGGCUUCACCUCGAAAUCACUUCGCGAUUACGAGCCCCGCGUCCUCAAAUACACCGACCGACUCCUCGCCGGCAUCGAAGCCAGCGCAGGCUCCAAGUUCAACGUAUCCCUGUGGUUCAACUUUUACAGCUUUGAUGUCAUGGGCGAGUUCUCCUUGGGCCAUGGGUUCCGCAUGCUUGAAGAUGGCGUCGCGCACUUUUACAUGAACUCGCUGCACGAUGAGACCAAGGCCGUCGGGCGCUUUACGCACGCCAUGUGGGCUCUGCCGCUGUAUCGCAAGAUGGCCAUUUGGAAUACCGGCGUCAAGAAGUUCAAGACGUGGAUCUCUGGCCAGGUGCAACAGCGGAUCCAGAAUAAGCCCGAGAGCCCCGAUAUAUUUACGUGGGUGUUGGAGGAUUACGAAGCUAAGAAGGAACGCUCCGCCCAAGAUAUGCUUAAUUUCGACACUGUGGCAGCUGUCCUGUCAUGCCUGUUCAUGGAGCUGGCUCGGCAUCCGAAAGAGUACCGGAAGCUGCAAGACGAAGUCGAUGAGUACUUCAGAGGACAUGACAAGCCUGGACAUGCCGCCCUUUCAAAGCUACGAUAUCUUCAAGCCUGCAUCGAUGAAUCAUUACGUCUGCAUCCACCUGUGCCAUCGGGUGUCCAGCGAAUGACGCCGCCAGAGGGUCUUCAAGUAGACGACGUCUGGCUUCCUGGAGACACCAUUGUCUUUGUGCCCUCGUAUACACAAUACAGAGACGCCAGGUUCUUUGAAAGACCAGACGACUUCAUCCCAGAACGAUGGAUCGACCAGCCAGAGUUCAUCAAGAACGCCUCAGUCUACGUGCCAUUCUCGACAGGACACGACGUAUGCAUUGGGAAACAGCUCGGCCUCCUAGAGACGCGAUUUGUGACCAGCGCCAUCGUGCAUAAGUACAACUUGCGAUAUGCACAGGGGCAGACAGGGGAGAUGUUCCUGGAGGGCAACAAGGACACGGGUACGCUGACCGUUGCUCCGCUCAAUGUGGUAUUCUCGCCGAGGAAAGCGUAA